AUGUCACUACGUCAUAUAAAAAGUCAGAACGUAAAAGACGACUAUGAACCAACAAGAUUAGUAGAUCCAACCGAAGAGGUUUUUGAACCUCACGAGGAAAGCUCAGACGAUUCUGAUCUGGAAGCCAAGCCGACACCUUUCGUUCUUACACUUGUUAUUUGUGUGUGUAUAGGCGGAUUUUUGUUCGGUUAUGAUACAGGCGUUAUUUCCGGUGCCCUGACAUCAUUGCAAGAUGAUUUCCAUUUGAAUAAUGUUCAAAAAGAAUUAGUUGUUGGCGCAACUACGUUUGGUGCUAUAUUUGGUGGUUUCUUUUCUGGUUUGCUUUCGGACAGGAUUGGCAGAAAGAUACUUGUUAUUAUAUCUUCGGUGGUUUUCAUUGCUGGUGCUUUACUACUAGCACUCGCCAAUAGUUUUGGUUUACUUUUGUUUGGUAGAAUUGUGGUCGGUCUUGCUGUUGGUAUUGCAUCCAUGAUUGUUCCUGUAUACGUUAGCGAAUUGUCACCAAAGCAUCUAAGAGGACGAUUAACUACUAUGAAUACACUCGUUAUUACAACCGGUCAAGUCAUUGCUUAUGCUAUCAAUAUCGCCUUUGCGUCAGUUCCUAAUGGCUGGCGAUAUAUGUUCGGUAUUGCUGGAAUUCCUGCUCUUUUUCAAUUCGUCAUUAUGCCUUUUCUGCCAGAAUCACCGCGCCGCUUAAUCGCUAUUGGCAAGUUUGACCAAGCAAAAGCAGCCCUUCAGAGAAUCUACGGAAGCUCUGUGAGUGACGUUUUCAUCGAUAGAGAAAUUAGAUUGAUUGACGAUGAUAUUCACGUCUGUAGAUCAGGGACCUUUAAAGACUUUUUACAUAAAGAUAACUUUAUGCCUCUCAUUAUUGCCUGUAUUUUACAAGCAGCACAACAAUUUUCAGGCUUCAAUACGGCCAUGUAUUAUGCAGCUACUAUUUUACAGAUGGCAGGUUUCAAAAGCAAUCAAGGCUCAACUAGUGUUGCCAUCAUUGUGUCUGCUACAAACAUGAUUUUCACAGUAGUUGCCAUCCUUGUCAUUGAUAAAUUUGGCCGUAGAAAGAUGCUUUUAAUCACUAUGGUUACUAUGAUAGGCGGCUUAAUUGCGCUGGGCGCUUGUUUCGCUGCUCAACAAGGAUUUGUUACGCAGCAAUAUGACUGCAGCGGUUACUCUAGUAACUGUGCUCGCUGCGUUUUGGAUGAUCGUUGUGGAUGGUCUAUUUCUGGUAAUAGCUGUAUAGCAAAAUCCGGUCAUUUAGAAGAUAUUUUUCAGAGUGCUACGGGCUGUCCUCCUAAGCCUCAUGAUAAGGCUAUUACAGGCGUCUUGUUGACAUUUCUCAUUAUUUAUGUUGCCAGUUAUGCUUUAGGCUUAGGUUAUAUCCCUUGGUUAGCUCAGUCAGAGAUGUUUUCCAUGACCAUUCGUGGUAAAGCAAAUGGUGUGGCAACAGCCGUGAAUUGGAUUUGUAACUUGAUCAUCUCUACCAGUUUCUUGUCUAUGACUGAAGCUAUGACAACGGCUGGUGCCUUUUGGUUUUAUGCUGGCCUCUCUGCACUUUUAUGGGUCGCAUUGGUGAAACUCAUGCCAGAGACUAAUGGAAAAUCGUUGGAAGAAAUUCAUGAAUAUUUCCUCAAGACAUAA